AAUGUCGAACCGUCCAAAAAAACCUUUCAUCUAUCAGCAACCCCACGCGCAAUCAAAACAACUCCCUGGUCUCGAUCUAUAGCAUGUAUAUAUACAUUUAUUAUUCCUCUUUUAUCUCCCACCAGCAACAUUCGAUCGAUCGCCAACCUUGACAUAUUAAAUACAUCUUUCACAUAUUCAGAACUAGCUAGCUUUCUCUGAUCUCUAUCUUCAGAAGCGUUCUGCAGCCAAGCCUAACAAUAUUACACCUUAUCUGACCUCUGAUCUCUUUGAUCUGGUCUCCUCUCAGAAACGCAGCAGCAACACGUUAUUCUGAGAAGAUCAUAUAUAUAAUAAUAUCAAUGGAUCAGAUGGAGUCUUCAUGUGUCCCACCAGGCUUUAGAUUUCACCCUACAGAAGAGGAACUCGUGGGUUACUACCUCAGAAGAAAGAUUAACUCCCUGAGAAUUGAUCUAGAUGUUAUUGUUGACAUUGAUCUCUACAAAAUAGAGCCAUGGGAUAUCCAAGCAAGUUGCAAGCUAGGGUAUGAGGAACAGAAUGAGUGGUACUUCUUCAGCCACAAAGAUAAGAAGUACCCAACAGGAACACGUACUAAUAGAGCCACAACUGCUGGAUUCUGGAAAGCAACAGGGAGGGAUAAGGCCGUGUUGUCCAAGAACCGAAUCAUAGGGAUGAGAAAGACUCUGGUUUUCUAUAAGGGACGAGCACCCAAUGGUAGGAAAACCGACUGGAUCAUGCAUGAAUACCGUCUCCAAACAUCUGAACAGGGACCCCCUCAGGAAGAAGGAUGGGUGGUGUGUAGGGCAUUUAAGAAGCCCAGUCCUAAUCAUAGACAAGGUUUCGAAGCUUGGGCUCAUGCUUUCUAUGUCAGAGAAAACACCCAAUUUAGGCAACCUUCAUUUCCAGAUCAUUUGACAAGAACACAUGAAGAUCAUCAUCAAGCCGUUUAUCCAAAUGAAGCUCCAACUUUUGAUCAUCAUCAGCCCAUGAUCAAUUCUUCAUCAGUACUACUACAGCAAGAUCAUCAUGAUCAGAUUGUUUACAGCCAUACUCUUUUGGAGAACCAAGUACUCAAUAUUGAUCAGCUGCCACAACUGAAUAGCCCCAGUACUGUAUCAGCAAGUUUUGCUGCAGCAAAUGAAGGUUUAUUGCAUAAUAAUACUGUCGCUAUUGAAGAUUUCGAUGAGGAAAGGAGCACAGCUAUCAGCAGCCAUUAUAUUGAUUGGAGAAGUUUGGAUGACUUGCUCGCAUCACAGCUGAGUAGUACUGCAACAACAUCCUUAAACCAUCCAAACUUGCCUUCAAUAUCUCAGAUCAAUUAGCUGGCUAGCUGAUCAAAAACAAAAAUGCUAGCUAGCUAGCUAGCCAGCCA